UACCUGAAGAUGCUAAAAAGAAAAACAGUGAAGCAAAUGAAAACAUUUCUGAUUGCGAAGACGAUAUUUCUACUACCAUUUCUGAGAUAUCAAUAUCCAAUUCUUUACCUACUAAUAAAUCUGUUUUAUCAUCUAAUAAAUCUACUCCAUCUGCAAGCUCCUCUACUUCAAAAAAAAGACAAACAUUUCUUGAUAAUUGUAUUAUAUGUCAACUAUCUGAAAAGGAUAAUCAGUAUUUCGAGAAUUUGAUCUUACAUAUGAUCGUUUCAACGAAAUUAAAUGAAGAUAUUUUAGAAUAUGCAUAUGCAGAUGGAGGUGUAUCUUUAAUUUGGAAUACAUAUAAUAUCAGUAAUCAAUGGUCAAAAACUGAAAAUAUAAAAAUUCUUAUUAAAAGUAUAAUGGAUAAUGCAGAAAAUAAAAGUAUUCGAAUUAACUGCUAUAUAUCAGAUUUAGCUA